UUUUUUAUUUUAUACAAUGUGGAUAAACUGACUUUUUCUCAUAUUUAUGUGAACAACUCGGAUUUUUUGUAUUCAAUUGAAAAAGCAGACUUGCAAUUGGCGAGGUUUGAAUGUAUUUGACUUCGUCACAUGGCAGCUCGCAUAUCUGUCAAGUCAGAAACGUAAACAAACACGGACAACCGCCCGUAAAGAUUGUGUGCAGAAUAAUCGUAAAAUUUUAUGUGAAAACUCGGGAAAAGGAAAAACAUCAUUUCAUCCCGAAAUUUGGCAACAUUCGCCCGAGUAUGAUCGAGCAGCUGUGUGUGUGUAUGCCGACGAAAUACGACGCCGUUUCUACAACAAUCACUAAAGCCGGCUGUGAUCGUGAUCGGCACAUUCUCAACUGGACCAACACACCGGUCGUUGUGUAUCUUUAAGCAAACCAACGUUGCCAUACACCACAAAAUAGCAUGGAAAGGAAAGUAUUAUAAAGUAAUGUCAUAUUUGAAAGCAUUCUAAUCUUUCAUUGUUAUUUUUCCACUGCAAACAGGACAUUGGAUCAUCGCAUCGACAAAUGGUUUUUAUGUGCAAGUGUUGUUAAGAAGUGUGUUGUACGGUGUAUUACGUGUUUUACUUUAUUUGUAUCGCUUUGCAAGUGGUACAAUUAGUGCGUUUAAUCGUUGUAAUACAGCUAACAUAAGAUUUACCCGAGCAUUAGAAGCGGCAACAAUACAUGUGCCUGACGCAGAGACAACAACGCCGUCGGCAUCCGUUGAUACCAUCCAAAGUGAUGGUUGAAAUCGUAUAUAAACGUGUAAAACCAUAUAUUGGGGCAUGUAAGUAUUGAAUAAUAGUUAAAUAAAAUACAUUUUAUCGUUGUACUGGACAAUGUGCAUCGAAA